GAUUUUGUAUAAAAGGUGAACUGAGAUUUUGUUCUCUCAACAGAUCAUUUUCCCAGAAAACCCAGGAGGAUUCAGAAUGAAGACGAUUUAUGUGUACGUCCUUGUUCUUUGCUGGAAAGCAAUUUGUUGUAAUAAGUGUGAGUUAUCCAAUGUGACCAUAGCAGUGGAAAAAGAGGAGUGUGGAUUCUGCAUAAAUGUCAAUACCACUUGGUGUGCUGGCUACUGCUUUAACAAGGAUGUAGUCCUCAAGGACCCAGUGAUACUCAGCGGCCAAAGUAUAUGCACUUUCAAGGAGUUUGUGUACGAAACAGUGAAGGUCCCGGGUUGCGCUAACCAGGCUGACUCACUGUAUUCAUAUCCGGUAGCCACUGACUGUUACUGUGGAAAGUGUGAUACCAAAACCACUGACUGCACAGUGCUAGGACUUGGACCAAGCUACUGCUCUUUCAGUGAAAUCAAGGAGUAACACCUACAGAAUGCUUCAGAGAGCUUAACCGAGUGUCCCACUUUAAAGAACCAGGUGUCCCACUUUAGAGAUUUCCAUAUCUUCUCAAGAUCACUGUAAAGUAAGAAGAGAAGGGAUCGAACCAAACCCUGUAAACAUAAUCCAUCCGAUGGGCAAACCAUUGCAAAUAGGUGGACCAUUACAUCCUUCCAACUAGUCAGUGCCCAUUCAAUCAUCUGCUUUAGUUACAACCGCGAGAGUUCCAGAUGUAGGAAGAAAUGGAACAGGGGUUCUGUGUCAGUAGCAGAUAAUCAGGCCCUUGUUAACCGAAUCUGUAGUUCUGACUGAAUUUGAGCUCAGUUCAUAACAAAUUCUGGGGCUUGGAAAACCAAGCUUUGGUUAGGAAGGGGGAGAAGAGCCUACCAUCAGGUCUGAGCCUGUGUAGAGGCAGUAAAAACAGCAGUGGAACCUAUAUGCCCCUCCCCCCCCCAAAAAAAAAACAAACACUCAUGUUGUGUUAUUAAAGGCAGCAAAAAUGAAUGUGCCAGCUACAAUAUUGGGCUUGGGAAGAUCAAUCCUGAACCUACUGCCACCUUAGUUAGUGGAAUUUCCACCUGAGUGGUUGGGUGGAGUGCCAAUUUAGACCUUUGAAAUACAUCAGAGGAAACAGAAGGCAUUUUAUCCAAGGAUACUGAGCCCUUUCCAGAGUUUGGAUAAGUCCAACAAAAACCUCUUGAUUAUUUUCCAAUUUCCCUCUUUCAGAGCAUGAGAUCCCUGCUGUAGAUCUCACAGUCUUAUAUAUACACUGAACUAUACCAUUAUUUUGGUUGGAAUUUGGAAGUGCCCUGGCAGGUAGACACAGUUCGAUUCAGCAUUCAUUCUACCACAUCAUAGAGUGACAUUCAGCUUCCAUACAGAUUAAACUUUCGGGCUACAAUGGCUCUUUUUGGAAGUAGCUGGCACUGAAUAUAAUUGCAUCCGAUUUUCUCGGUUCUGUAUUCUGGGUUUUUACUUCAAUUUACAAUUAUUCAAUUCCGUGAUUGUCAGAAAUACACAUUCAAGUCAUUUUAUGCAUUGGCUGCCUUUUAGGAUAUUAUCACAGAAGUUAAUUUGGAUCCUUAGUUUAGCCUCAGCACUGGACUUAUUUAUUUUAAAUUAAAGCUAUUCAUAUCUACCAAACACAUUGCUUUAAAUGUUUCCUUUCAUCUGAGGUAUUUACGAAAGACAAUGCAGUAAUAUGAAUAUUUUUACUCUGUCAGUAAGAAAUUAGAUACAAAUGUAUUCACAAUGCCUCUGUAAAUAUGGGUUGGGCUCGCCUGGCCCAUUGGAAAUAUUAAAAAGGAUUUUGCUGCA